AUGAAGUUCUCUGUUUCUGCCAGCUUGUUAGCUUUUGCUUCUACCGCUGUAUUCGCCCAACCUCUCUAUUCCAAUCAGACUAUCACCACUUUAAGCCCAUCAUCAAGUUCUUCCGCCUCCGUUUUCUCCUACAGUUCUAUUCCUUACUCUCAUUCUGAAAUUGCUCUUCCAAACGGAUUGUACACUUCUGUCAACAGUGAUGAUGAUACUACCUCCACUGUUACAUUGUUGACCACUAUCACUCUGGACAUCCCCACCACCACCUUCGACAACACUGCUCCUACGGCUCAUGCAAACUCAAGUGACGCAGCUAAUUCUGGCACUCGCACCACCCCUGACAUUUUCACCACCGCGUCUGUCACGACAGUCAAGACUGUCACCCCAGCUGAAGGCACGCCAUACGUCACUACCGAUUUCCACAACACCGUCCUUCUUGCCACCGACAACAAUGAUUGCCCUGCCCAAGAGACUGUGACUGUUACACAGUAUGCUACCACUCAGUACGUGACUGUCACUACAACUGUCCAUGACACCGAGAGUACUGGACCUGCUGCUACUGCCUACUCCUCCUCCUCCAAUACGUUAGAAAAGCCAGUCCAAACCCCAACCUUUGUUGGGUUCUACUCCAACUCUACUAACCAACAUUACUAG